GUUCUGAUGGCUCCUCCAGCGAAGAUGAGGACUUCUCCACGCUUUGGGACGACCUCGACCUGGGCUUGCCAGAGGUCCUUCCGACCGAGUUGAUCGGAUGGAUCAUGCUGCGAAAAUCCUCCCUGAACGCAGCUCAGAGGUUGAACGUCUUGUCCAGCAUCGGCAACUCCCUGAAGGCCGAGGAUGUGGAGAGAGGACUUCGUGGAGCUGAGGAUGAACUUCGUUUGGUGGAGCGAGAACGUGAAGGUCGACCCAAAGGUCAUAGCAAAGGCAAACGCCACACUUCGUUCUGGGUUGAGCAGGACGGUGAAUGGGGCCUUCUUCUGAUGGAGGAGGCCGAGACUGAAGACUUCCUGGAGCAGGGUGACAUCCACUGGCUCUCAGGAGCUGCUAUGGAGCAAGCCUUUCCGGCUUGGGAAACACCUUCAACGCCUUCAUCACGGCCCGAGACUGAGGACCGCUUUGUGAUGGAGGAUGGCUUCUAUGCAAGUGACCCUCAGCUGCCUGGUGCCUAUGCCUGGUGGAACCUUGAAGCUGAUGGCGAGUACUACCACCAGGACACCUUCGGCACGUACUGGGCUUGGAGUGAAAGUGAAGCCUGGAACUCUGUCCUUUGGAGUUCACCUGAUGAGGCCAAGCCUGUCGUCGAGGCUUAUGCCGCCUAUGAGGAAAAGAUGAGAACCUUCCAAGAUAGCAGACGCGCAACGGCUGCCAAGAAUGCGAGCCGUGGCUUCUACCCGAAGGGCAAAUGGAAGGGCAAGCAGAGCUUUGGAAAGAAGGGUAAGGGCUAUGGAUCACGCCCUACUUUCUCCUGUCCAUCUACGGCAUCUUUAUUUUCGGUGAUGGCAGUUCAAGGAGGAGGCAAACCUGGGUCUCCUUCCUACUCAGGCUGUUUCAUUUGUGGCUCCAAGGAUCAUGAUUUCAGAUCCUGCCCCAAGAGGUCUCGACCUGGAGGAAAAGGAAACAGCAAGGUCUUCAUGGUUGAAGAGAGCUUCAUUUGCCAUGCCUGGUCUUCGCCUGAGAGGCCUUUGGAGGUGAUGUCUGUUGGCGAGAUCUCCUCGCCAGAGAUGGAAGGGUUUGGCGUCUUGGACACCGGCGCCACUGAGACCGUUUGUGGUUUGAGUGCCUUGGAGUGGAUCAUGACCCGCCGUGCACAGGCUGGCAUGUCCAAUGAGGGCUUCACCGUUGUGGACAUCCCCAACAAGUUGUUCAAGUUUGGCAACGGCAUGAGCCAAAGGUCCGAAUCAAUGAUUCUGCUGCCACAAAAGCUUGGAACUCGUUCUUUGUCCCUCGGCAUUUUCACUUUGGCUGCCGAGGGCGUGCCGGUGCUAGGUGGCAUCCGCACUUUGACCCGACUUGGAGCUUUGAUAGACUGCUCAAGAUCGGCUUUGGUCAUGACGACCAUUGAUGCUUCUGUACUGGUCCCUUUGAAGCAAAGCGCUUCCGGACACUUGCUGAUUGACCUCACCAACGACUGGAUGAGCGAAGGCUCGAAAGUCCUUGUGGUGGAUGACCUCUCCGCUGAGCAGCAAUAUGUGCCACCGCAGCAGUCGUGCUUUAUGGUUGAAGAAGGCAAUGAGGGCGCUCCGGCCAAGAGCAAAGCAGCUUCGCCUGUCAAGACCUCUCCGAAGCCCGAGAAGCAAGAGAAGAAGGGCAAACAAGCUGCCACCUGGGACGAGAAGUACGAUCAAAGCAGAACAGUCCCAGCGGAUCCCAGAGACCCUCGAACCUCGGGACCGCCUUGCCAUGGAAACCAUCGUCCAGCUCCGGCAUAUCGCGGCAGCGUGUCGGGGAGCAACGGGCAUGCGAGCUGGGUGGGAUGCGAGAGAUGCUUACUUCGGUUGAGCUACACCCCAGCCUACGGGGCGACCGGAGUACACAGAUCUGCAGGUCCGAUCCCCGAAGACACCAAGAAGCAGGUGGAAGAGCUGAAGGAAGCUGCUCCGUUCAACCCUCUCCUCAAGACGCAGGCAAUCGCUUUGGAAGGAGCAGAACGUUCGUUGCUGAACAAGUUGGACAAGAUCCGGGCCAAGAAAUCCGCAGCCGGCUAUCCGCCGAGAAGCCCAGACAGCAACGAGACCUACACUCCCUCCGCGGCUGCCUCAAACGAGACAACAUGCCCCAGGACUCCGUCGGUCAUCGAGAUUCCAGAUCAAGAAGAAGUACAAGUCAUCGACCCGGAACACCUCUCACAGGUACCUGGGAGCAAGUCCCGCCGCAGCGAUCGUCCUGCAGAGGAGGUGGAGUACGAGGACCGCGAAUCUCGCACGUGGUCAACGGUGAGUUCACCGGAGAGACGGUCGCAGUGA